AUCGAUGUUCAUGAGAAUAGGUGCUCACGUGAUUUGAAGUGUGAACAAAUGGACAAUUUUUAGAUUCAACACCCCCAACUGAACAAUACGAGAGGUGAUUGACGGUUGUGUGUAAGUUGAAAAUCCCCAGCCACCGAAUCAUCAGUUCAGCUGCCAUUAGCUCAGGAGCCUUCGAGUUCUUCAUGCUUCACACUGGGCAAAGCCUUAGCCUACACUGGGCCUUAGUUUUGCUAGGCUGUCUCACGCCGACCCACAUGUACACUACUGAUGCGCCCAGAUGCUGCAUUCGUUCUAAAUCCGUGUGUAGAUGUCCACGAGUUUGGUUCCAUCGACAACCUAGGAGGUGCGGAAUCGGUUUGGAAAAUGUUACAAAUGCUCUUUUAAGUCCCCUGCUUUUUGUGGAGAAGGGGGAGCAACUGAUGGAUGGUUGGUACACCGUCCUCGUUCUGGAUACGGAGGCCUUCGAGGAACCGACCAGAUGGAGCCAUGCAUAUCUUGUUUUCGCCGCUACAGAUGUGAACAAGAAAUGCAUACUCAACGAUGACGGGUGUCAGGUGACUGCAAGUAUCAAACCGUCCACACCCAAAUGUCAGGGAGAGUAUGCCCGCUACGGACCACUGCGUGUUGCAUUAGUGCGACAGCAUAGACAGUUCGGGAACGGAAUUCAGGCUUAUUUUCUCAAUCGAACAUUCAGUUACAAUGUUCUCUACCGAAAGGAUUUGUUUGACGGCGCUCCUGUCCGUAUGAAUGAGUACGUGGCUCAUUACUGUGCACACUCACCGCUAUUCGACCCGUUUUUAGCCACCGCGUUCAAGGAAUCCGAACGAUUUGGUUGCAGCGCAGAAACAAAGGAUGCGGACGGGCUGAGGAGUCCAUUUCUAGAUCAUUUUUCCGACAUCAUAGUUCCGCAAUCGGCAGUCACCGCCGAACUACAGCAGUGCUACAUUUACGAAGAUUGGCUCAGUAAACCAGCGCAGCCCAAGACAGAAAGGUCUAUGUUCUCAAAAGUGUGUCCAUUCGAUACACUCUCCUGGGUUGACAGAACCGCUGUUGGUGUCGAACAACGGGAAUUUCUGGAGUAUAUGCGAGACAGAACGGACAUUUACUUCUAUCUUACUCAAAUGGAGGCGAUGCAUUUGAGUAGGCUCAUAAACACUUCCAAACAGUAUGAGCCGUUGUUGACCGAUGAAGGCCCACCACCUGACGGACAAACUCAUGAUAUCCAUCCGUACUUCUGCCCCUUGUACUCAAGGCAGCUCAAGAAAACCACUCAGGUGGCUACACGUGGAGAGGCCUAUCGCCAAAUUCUACACCAUCUUGGAUAUCAGUGGUCACCAAACCUUAACUUUUACCGGAACGAUUAAUAGGUGUAGGUUUGCGAAAUUGCUUUGUCUUGUUGUGUAACAGUUGUGUUUCCUACAGCGCCUGCUCGGAAAUUGGACAAUAGUGGAAUCAAACAUGUCGGCUUGUUCUCCGAGCUGGGAAUUUCUGUUGUAAACGUUUCGUUGAAAAUCUACGCAACUUCCUCAGUACGGCUAUCAAGUCCUGAUUCGCGGAGUGGUUUGUGAGACUCCGAGCCAUGACUAUUCUCAAUAAUUUCCAAGCAAUGAAAUUACCUCACUCAUUGACCAGCACAAUUAGCCAUGCAUUCAGCCACCUGCUGAGUUCGACAACCCAAGUCCAAUCGAGGAAACAUUGUCAAUGUAAAUAAAUUUCGAGGCGAUGUUAUCAACAGAAGAAUAGGGAUAGGAAUCCGAAUCAGGAAGAAUUGCAAUAAGAUGCUGACUCCAACAACUAACUGGAUUCUUUAACUCCAUCAGGAUAGAGGUCAAACGAGUAGAUCGUAGGGCUUUUAAGCUCAACGAGAGUAAAAAUAACCUGUCUGUGGUUUGCAACGUUGACCUCUAGGUUAACCUGUCACCUUUGCAGUGAACAUGACACAUCUAUUGGUGCACGAAAGUUCAGAAACAACCCUCAUCAGUUCAGGCACCACAUCAAACCCAACCCCAAUAUCAACAUGAAGGAGUGGGCUCAGGAGACAAAUGUAUGAUCAUCACAGUAGUUGCAGUGCCGGAAAGCCGUUCGUUGUAUGCAUCAUCCAUCACACUAAGGCAAAGGCGCAGAAACCGUACCUCAAUCCCCCCCUUUGGUAAGCUUACUGUUUAUAAGUCACGACGACAAGGAGAUGGAGGUGGCUGAGUUAUCUAAUUUACUGUGCCGUUACGUCAACAGCAUCGGCUUGUAGAAAGCUAUUCAAGUACUACAAAACUGAUCUCCCUGCGUCCGUUUGCAGCAUCUUCGUAAAUAGCUAACAAGUUGAACUCCAUGUGGCUAUCACUGGCAUUCGCAGGUGGCCAGCGAAGACAGUGUAUCUGUUCUACACACUUGCACCUAUGGCUAGCCAAUGAUUGCCAUUGGUGCCGGCAGAAAUCGCGUUAGAUAACGGUGCUUUAUUGUGUACACCUAAAGAGAUUACCCCACCUCCACUUGGCGGUUCGCGUUAUCAAGCUUGGAUAGACUAACGCGCCGAUCACAAUGCUAGUAGUAUUUGGCCACCUUUGUUUCAUGAAUUCACUUCACCGUAACUUCAAACGGCCACAGAAUAUUCGUUUCUUC